UGUGGUGACACUUGAACGUGGACUACAGUCACGAUACCGUCCAUCUCUCCUUCACCUCAAGAUGAUCGCUUUUGCCGCGGAGGCUGCGGGCAGGUGUUCGAGCACGGCACGUCGUUAACUUGCAUGCAUGCACCCCACGCCGUCGUCCCCGGUCCGGUUCGCAGACUACUGCCGCCGGCUGGAAGAUGCUGAGCCGACUAAUGAGCAGCAGCAUCCGGAGUCUGGACCGAGAGUGCAACUGCACCGUGAGGCUGCUGGACGACUCCGAGUACACCUGCACCAUCCAGCGGGACGCUAAGGGACAGUAUCUGUUUGACCUCAUCUGCCAUCACCUCAACCUGCUGGAGAAAGACUACUUUGGCAUCAGAUAUGUGGACCCAGACAAGCAGAGACACUGGUUGGAGUUUUCAAAGUCAAUUGCCAAACAAAUGAAAUCUCAGCCUCCUUUCACAAUGUGUUUGCGUGUCAAGUUCUACCCCCCGGACCCUGCCGCCCUUCGAGAGGAGAUCACCAGAUAUCUGGUCUUCCUGCAAGUGAAGAGGGAUCUCUACCACGGUCGCCUCUUGUGCAAGACCUCAGACGCUGCUCUCUUGGCUGCGUAUAUACUGCAAGCUGAAAUCGGUGACUACGACCCCGGAAAACACCCCGAGGGCUACAGCUCCAAGUUCCAGUUCUUCCCAAAACACUCGGAGAAAUUGGAGCGACGCAUAGCGGACAUACACAAGAUGGAGCUGAUAGGUCAAAGUCCUGAAACAUCAGAGCUUAACUUCCUCCAGAAGGCUCAGAUGUUGGAGACGUAUGGAGUGGACCCACAUCCAUGCAAGGACGUGUCUGGUAAUCCAGCUUUUCUAGCAUUCACACCGUUUGGAUUCACCGUACUGCAAGGAAACAGGAGGAUUCAUUUCCUUAAAUGGGAUGAGGUGACCAAGCUGAAGUUUGAGGCAAAGACAUUCCACAUAUAUGCAAGUCAGACAGAGGAACAGAAAAUCAUACUGACCUACUUUGCACCAACCCCUGAGGCCUGUAAGCACCUCUGGAAGUGCGGUGUGGAAAAUCAAGCCUUCUAUAAGUUGGAUAAAUCCAGUCAAGUGCGCACAGUGUCCAGUAGCAAUCUCUUCUUCAAGGGUAGUCGCUUCAGAUACAGUGGAAAGGUUGCAAAAGAGGUCAUGGAGCAAAGUGCCAAAAUUAAAAGGGACCCGCCUGAGAUUCACAGGGCGGGCAUGGUGCCAAGUAGGAGCUGUCCAUCAAUCACACACGGCCCCCGUUUGACGAGUGUACCCAGGACGAGACGGAGAGCCGUGCACAUCUCCAUCAUGGAGGGCCUUGAGUCCCUCCGAGAUAGCGCACACUCCACGCCGGUCCGCUCCGUCUCCCAUGGCGACUCCUUCAUGCCCUCUAGAGGCCAGACGGUAGAUGGCGGCGAGGCCAGCACCUCAGCGGUCAUCUCCGACGAGGCCUACAGCCCCUCAGACAGCGUCAUGCCUACGCCCGUGGCCGAACACGGAAUGGAGAUGCACCUCAACGGCGCCCCCCGCAGCAUUGACGAUGAAGAGUGCGGGGUUUCGUUGGAAGGCCAGGUAGCAGAGUCCAGGGUUGGUAGAAGAGCGCCACGUUUGGCUAGAAGCAGGCCAUCGCCCCCUAGUGACGUGGAGGAGCUGCACAAGUUCAUCCUGAGCGUUCUCCGUUUGUUCCUGGUCACCAUCGGACUGCUCUUCGCCCUGCUGCUGCUCCUCAUCAUGCUGACAGAGUCCGAUCUGGACAUCGCCUUCCUGAGAGACAUCCGCAAGACCCCCGAAUUCCAGCAGUUCCACAUUGAGUAUUUCUGCCCGCUGCGGCGCUGGUUCGCCUGUAAACUCAGAUGGAUGGGGGGGCUCCUCAUCAGCAAGUGAGGCCCCGGAAGAGAAUGACGCUGCUGCAAAAGCGUCCACCAAAACAAAGAUGGCGGCCCAUUUCCCAAAUACGCACAGAUUUUCCAUGUCACAAGUCACGGACUGUCUCUUAUUUGUGCUCAUAUUACGACAGUUAAUUUAAAUAUAUUAUUUUGUACAAUGUCCUGGUAGGAAAAAAAUAACAUUAAAUGAGAAAAAGUUUGUGUUUAAAAAUGUAAAAAUAUUUUAUCUGAAAAAAAGAGAAAAAAAGCAAUAAUAUUUUUAUUGAAUAAUUAAUACAAUUAAUAAUAAUUAAUAUCAAUAAUAAUAUAUAAUUAAAACAAUUUGGACUAUUUAUAAAUUAUUAGUAUGUGUUACCAUUAUUGAUACUAUUAAUAUACUGUGGUCUGUUUGCACAGCUGUUUCUAAUAUUUUGACUGUGUCAUGUAGCUAAAAAAAAACAAAAAGGUAUAAAGAACAGUAGAAACAGUCGAUGCAGUGCAGUUCUACACUACAACCACAAUAAUAAACAUAUUGUUACAGUAAUAAUAGACUGUACAAGUGUAACCAUUAUGUGUACUGUACAUUAUGGAACGUUAUUGUCGAAAGUUUUAGUUAUGGUAUAGAUGCGUUCUAAUUUGUAGCAACAAUAAGGAUGGUAAGUUAUAUGAUCAUGCGGGCGAGAAAGAAAGUGGGAAAUGAGAAUAAAGAUAAAUGGAGAUAGGAUGAGCUAUGAUUAAAGUAUGAUAAAUUUGUACAAUUGUAGGUGUUCAAGGUAUAGGUUAUUUGGUGCCAUAAUAAAAUAAAUAUAACGAUGUUGGAAUGAAUUUAAAAGAUUGGAAAUAAUUAUAAACUGAACAUUUAUACAAACUAUAUAUAGUAUAAUUUAACUGCUAUGCUGUCAAUUUGAAGAAUAAAUACCUGUCAUAACAAGUAUUAAACAAGUAAUAAAUGUGUUAACCCAGUUCGGAUACAUAAAUGUGUCAAUAAUUUCACAUUUAACUGAAUAAUUAGCUAAUUUAAUACAUUUUCAUUUUAUUAAGUCACUUUUAUUAUUUAUUUAAUUAGUUAUCUUUGAGGGAUUAUAAUAAGUAUAAUUAGUCAAUCAAUUAAUUGGAUUCAAUAAAAAUAAAAAUAUCUACAAAUAUCAAAUUGAAUGAUUCAUUUAUUUGAUUUGAUUUAUUUUUAGCAUUAAGUAACCUUUAAUAUAUUCAAACUGUGUUUUUCGUUUUGGCUUUAAAUGAUUAGAGAUUAGUUUUGUUUCGCUGUGCACUUUAGUAAUUUACCAUCCAAAGACAGCAGCAGAAUGAAAGUGGUAGUUUUCAAAAAUCAAACGAGCAGCCAAAUAAUGCUCACGUCUACAAUCAUCGUGUGUGCAGACAAUAGACGGACGUGACCUAAAGUUAGUAUAGUUCUCGUCAACUGGUUUGUGCAAUGCUGUUAAUCACAGACUAUAACUAAUCCUGUCACUGGUGGCUAUAAUGUGACAUCGCUGCAUCGUUUGUAAAGUGCAAAAAUGAGCUGAAGUCCAGCUUUUUCAGUUUUUUUUAAGUGAUAAGUGAAAGUUGUGUUGUGUGUUUCAUGUUGCAAUCCCGCUGACAUAAUUUUCAUUAAUGCGCCAACCAAAGAAACCUGAUUUGUGUUUGUGCUGCUUUAGCCUUAGCCUGCAGUGUCUUUACUGGCGUAACGUUUAAAUCACUGGUUGGACUAUAGACCCCAAUUAGUUACACUCUUUGUGAUUCUUCAUCUUACCAAGACAUUUUGGACAAUUGUAGACUUACAUUGUGGAAGAAGGGAAGACACUUUUUUGUCCCUUUGAGAAAAAACAAAAUGGUUAUAUAGGGUCUAACUUCACUUUUUCACUUACUGUACAGCCAGGUGUCCAAAAUUGUCUUCACUAGUUUAGAUUAAAGUGCUAAAAAGUCAGUGGAAAAUGACAAAUAAGCACUGAAAAUGUGUCAAGCGUUGGCAAUGAAUGAACUCGCUCUUGCUAGCAAUCCCAGAAUGCACUGCGUCAUGUCAGCCAUUUGGAUUUGCUAAUAACUAACAUAUUAGAGUGCUGAUAUAAACACCAAUAAAGCUAAGUUUGUUUUUAAUUGGGGCCUACUUAGUUAGAUAUUGUGGCAAGCUUGGUGAUUUUAGCACUAUUAAAGACAAGUUAAGACGCACAAAAGGUAUUUUAUGGUGUGUUGGUUUUUUUUUUAAGAAGCAAUAAAUACUGCAGACUGUGUACAUUUAUGGAUGUUGCAGUUUGCUGGAAGCUGUCUGAAGCUGAGGAUGCAUGAGUGAAGGAUUUUUUGCUGCGUUGUUAAAGUCUUUCAAAUCUUUUUUUUUUAAUGUUAAUCACAUCUGCUUACGUUGCCUAUCCACUUGCUUGGAUUGCUUGGAAGUGUUCGACUGGCAAUGAACCUUUUGUCUUAUACUUGGGUGGUGGUGCACAAGUAGCAAUUAUCAACCUGGAAUUUUAAAUUUAACAUGUUUCAUUAACACCAUCCUGAGAGGGAAGACCAGAUAUGAUUGAUUUAAAAUAUGAUUUUACCCUGUGUUCCUUCCUUAUAGUCCAUCCAAUCAUGGCUCUGUGCGUGUGAAAGCAUGUCUUCUGCAUUUAUUAUUGCCUCCUAACAUGACAAACAUUCAAAAAUCAACUGAUGACUGACUCAUGUACUCAGUUUAUGAAUAAAUAUAUAUUCUUGA